UUUACAUUUUAAGUGUUUUCACUUUCACAGGCCUCUCACCAUAUCACCUUUUAUUGGAUGCGUUAUUGAGUUGGCUACGACAAUUCGACUAGAGUGCUUAGACUAAGUAUCCUCAUUGACAUUAUUCCAGAGAAGUAGUCAACGCCUGCACACAAGCUAUCUUCAUAAAUGUCGAUGUGGUAUUUACCAUAAUGUAUAAGUAGGUAGAUAUGUCCAUUUCUAGGGUUCCGUAUCCAAAGGGUAAAACGGAACUCUAUCAUUGACGGUCCGCUGUCUAUCCGCCCGUCCGUCACCAGGCUCUAUCUCAUGACUCUUGUAAGUCAAACAUUUGAGAACCUCCUUUAAAUAUACACUGACAUUAUAACUGUCGCCUAUUCUAAAUGUCAUUUCAAUUUUGAAACAUAACGUGCAAUAAAAAUGUCACCAAUGCAAUAAUCUGGUUUUAGCUUUUUAGCAACCUGUAAUAUUAAGAUGAGGAUAACUUUUUUAUGUUGCUGAAAUCAGUGCCUACCUAUGUAUAUCUCCAUUGCUCCUCCUGUACAGCCUUGCCUACUGCAGAAAACAUGCUUUAAUAAGGUGCCAUUAUUAUUAGUCGUAUCAUCAGCGACCUCUCUUCGGCGGGUCACAGGCGCAAAGCAAUCUGCUGCAUCCGAGUCACAAAUAAAAUUCGCCAUUGAAAACAAGUACGAUGACACUGGACCGGGAGCGAAGAAACCAGAGUACGCUUACAGCACUUACAAGACUUUGGAGGAUGCCUUGAUUGCGUACCUCGAUGACCCCGACACAAAACUACCAGAACACGAAAGAGCUAAAGCCAUAAACAAGUUAACACAGUCGCCUUACUUCAGGCCUCCCCCGCUGUCAAACAAAUUCCAUCAGAGCGGAGAAUACCAAUUGCUUGACAAGCUACAGUUCCGACCUCUAAACCAAGAGAUAGUGUACAACUUCCCCGCUAGUAAAAUUUUCUUCCCUGAAGAUACCAAGCUUGGUAAAAUAGGAGUUAGAGAGUUAGAAGCAAAUGAUAUUGUGAAUCAUUAUGGUCCGGAGCAGAAGUUGGAGCCGUUCAAGUUCCAUAAGAUCCAGUCGGUGCGCGGCAGCCCCCUGAGCCUGGCGCACUACACACGGGACCCGGAUGUCAAGCAGGCGUUUGAGCAGUUUGAUCCUCAUCCCAAGUACAGCUUCUCAUACGGAGUGCAUGAUAAGACCACAGGCGACUCUAAGUCAGCGCAUGAGUCGCGAGAUGGCGGCACCGUCCACGGGUUCUACAGCUUCAUGGACGCUGACGGCAAGACGCGAACUGUGCACUACACGGCGGACGAUCAGCAAGGGUUUAGAGCAACCGUCAAUAAAGGGAACUAGUGGAACUAGUGCUAUAGGAUUAAGGUUAGGAUAGACUACGUGACUCUAGCUCAAUAUUCACCUCUUACAACGACCAGGAACAAUGGUAGACGUGUUUUACAAUACACAGUAUCUAACUGUCAUGGAAUAUGUAUCUAAAAAUAUUUAAACACUGUAAAUAAGUUAUUAAUAGUAUUUGAUUGACGUCGAAUUUAUUUCUCGGUUCUAUUUAUUUUUCUGGUCGUUGCAUCCUACAUUUGUUAUUGCACACCAAGAAUUUCUUGUCACGGCCAUUAUAAACAUGAUGAGUAAAUGAAUUAAUCUUCGUUCAAAGUUAUCACAAAUACAUCUAUCUAUUUAGUCAGUGGAAUGCGAUAUAUAUGACUAUGUUAAGACUAUUAUGAAAAUAUUGUGAACAUCAGUCAUUGUUAUGAAAAUACAUAGUUGCUGCAUAUAUUCAAACAGUACACAGCGUGAUCCCAAGCGGGCGACUAUCAAAUCGCUAUUAUACAUGAAACAUAAACUUUGACGACCUCCGUGGUCGAGUGGCGUACGCACUGGUUUCAAGGUGGCGCCAGCUCUGAGGUCCCAGGUACGAUCCCCGGUCGGGUCAAUGUAAAAAUUCACAUUUCUACAUUGUCUCGGGUCUGGGUGUUUGUGGUACCAGCGUUGUAUCUGAAUUCCAUAACACAAUUGCUUUAGCAACUUACUUUGGGUUCAGAACAAUGUAUGUGAUGUUGUCCGCAUUUAUAAACUUAUAGAAGGAAGCGCCAUAUGGGAGACGCGCGCGUGUCAUUGAUAGUACAUGGCGAUUAACUUGAAUUUAUUGCUGGGUGAUUCUCGGUUUCCUUUACUCAUCGGUACCCCAUAUAAAAUGUAGAGAAAAAAAAUAUGUAUUCAACCGUGACUAUCGAGCCUUCUGUUAUAUAAAUAUCUUUUUUUAUGUCGACGAAACAAAAAGCCGAAUAACCGUACCAUUAGAAUGAUAACUUUGAUAAAAGGUAAUUUGUUGCAAGUAAGCGUGUAGCUAUAUGUAUUUCAUAAGGCGUUUACAGUCAGCAUCUGAAACUCAAUCUCACUUAAUUUAAUCUUGCCAUAUUAAUUGCUACGUUGGAUGUUUAUUUUUUGUAUGUAUUGUAAUUAAAUUGUUAUUUAAAUGAACGUUUCACUCUAUUUAGUCAAUGCAAGCUAGGGAUAAAAAUGUUUCUUUUAAACAAUAUUUGUGCUGUAUUAUUGUAAUAUUUUUAAAACCUGUUGAUAAGGUAUGUGAAUUUGAUAUCAUAGUUGCAAAUAUAUAUUUUUAGUUUUUACAAUAUAAACACUGUGCAGGGAAACGGUUACAAAGGAGUCUAUUUACUUAUAAAUUGUGUAAAUAAAUCAUUUUAUUGUUUAUACCUCAUUUUAUACGAAACUUUAAUUUAAAUAAACUAAUUUUAAUAUACAGUGUCUUACUUUAUUUGAUGUUAUUGGCUUGUAUUGUAAUCACGCCUUCUACAAAUUAAAUAGCAAUGUUACUGUCAAGAAAAAUCAGGGACCUAAAAACGCCUUAACGGAAUAUUAGAGCAAUGACAUCUUAAUA